UUUAUCCGGAAUCUGAACUACUAAGUCUACUCUUGAGUCUGAGCUUAUCUGGUGAACUCACACCUUGAGCUGCUGUCUAUCUCAAACAUUAAUCACUAUCUAUAUGCACACACCCAUAGUAUCUUUCUCCAAGAACAUUCCCUCCUCAACAACAAAAUUCUCAAAAAUUUUAAAUUUGAUCUUUUGAAAAAUCCUUAUCCUCUAAGUUUAGUUUCCAUAGUAGUAAGUUAUUGUCUUGAUGGAGGAAGGGUUGUGCUGUGAUGUUGUUGCAGGGUAAAGAUAAAGAGUGAGUUGUAGGGGGCAAGGUUUGGUGUGAUUUAACGGGACUGUUAACAUGAACGGUGAUGGAAAGAUAGGGUUACCUGAUCCGGGUCAGUGCGGGGAAGAUGGGAAGGAUAUUAAAGCUAGGGAUGGAGAUGAGGUUCCCUCUGCAGACGGCGAAGGUGACGAUGUUAGUGAUGAUGAAGAGUCCAUGGAUUGUUACGAGGCGUUGGUCCUCAUGAAAUCUCGUGUUCUGCUGGUGGAAAAUGAUGAUUCUACGCGCUAUGUAAUCGGUGCUUUGCUUCGCAACUGUGGCUAUCAAGUUACAGAAACAUCGAAUGGAUUGCAAGCAUGGAGGAUAUUAAAAGAUACAAGCAAUCAUAUUGAUCUUGUAUUAACUGAGGUGAAUUUACCUCGUCUAUCAGGUAUUGCACUGCUAUGCAAGAUUAUGAACCACAAAACCCGCAAAAAUAUUCCAGUAAUUAUGAUGUCUACACAUGACUCCGGCGCCUUGGUGCUCAAGUGUUUGUCAAAGGGUGCAACCGACUUCCUAGUCAAGCCCGUAAGAAAGAAUGAGCUCAAAUUCCUUUGGCAACACAUUUGGAGGAGGCGCCAAAAUAAUGGAUUUCCUUGCGGAAGUAAAGGAGAUACGCAGGAUUUAAAGCCAAAGAGUGAUGGGGAUUCCAAUUUUCAACCCCAACAACAGUGAAAUGAUAAGUAGUAUGAUUAUGUAUUUUUUUUUUAAUGGCCAAGCAGAUCAAUGUAUCUAGAAAAAGGUACAAUUUAUGUAUUUCUUUUCAAUGUGUCUAAAAAAAAAACUUGUUUUUUUAAAUG